GAAAUUGAUUGAAUUUCUUAGGUGUGAUGCUUGUGAUGACUUUUUAUAGUUGAAGCAAAACAACAGUGUAGCAUUUACGUCUUAAGCAGCUGCAUUAUUGAACAAGUUGUUUGUUUCUUUGAUUGUGAUUUUAUAUUUUUAAGUAAUUUUAAAGGAAAAAAAGCACCCAGCUUGUCCAGUUAACUCUCCACCUGAACAUUUAAAAAUGAAGGAAGAGAUUGCAGCAACAGUGUUUUUUAUUGCGAGACUAGCGAAGAAACAUGGUAAACUGGAUCGUGUCAGAAGGGAGAAGUUUGCUGUAGAACUAACCUCAGUGCUCUUUGAAAACUACAAAAGUCAUUGGUACCCAGAAAAUCCAACCAAAGGACAAGCUUUUAGGUGUCUAAGGAUGAACAAAGCUCAAGCGAGAGACCCGGUUAUUGAGCAUGCUUGUCGCCGGAGUGACAUUGUUUAUGAAAAUCUUGGAUUACCAAAGGAAAUGACCAUUUGGGUUGAUCCUGGAGAGGUGUCAUGCCGGUAUGGUGAGAAGUCAACCCCAUUUUGUGUUACCCAGCUGGAGGGUCAAAAGAGAGAUGGGGAAUUCUCUCGUAGGAUAAACAAUGCAGUGGAAAGGGCUUCGUCGGACUACCACUCUGGAACCUCCUCAGAUGAGGAGGGAGGAAACACCAGCAUGAGCAGCAGUGUGAGCAGCAGCAACAGCAGCAGUCUUUCCGUUCCAGAGCCUAAAUGCAUCCCAACAGUCUCCAACCCAAACAGUGUCUAUCAGUUCAGUGAGUUUGGGCAGCCCCCACCUAUGCAGAACUGGGGCACCUACCCUAAGAGAAAGCCAUAUGCCUCUGAGGGCUACCAGCUGCAUUCCUCAAGUGGACCAUACCCACCUCAUAAGAGUUUCAAAGGCUACAGGCCCUCUUAUGCCUUCUCUGGUCCAAGGGUGGACCGAUAUCACUGGGUCAGCAAGAACCGCUCCUAGACUUCAGUGUUAAAACUAGUGGUGUUUUUAGUAUUGUUUUGCUGAGCAGCUAUGCAGGCACAUGUGAGUGUUCUAGAAUAUAACUAAUGUCUAUGUAGUGCUUUAAUAAACUUAUGGAGGCAUGUAGCAAUGCCAUGAAGGCACUUUUAAAGUUCAUUUUAAUAAAUGAUUUAUUUGUGGAGUGGAAAAGACUUUCUAAAUAAAUAAUCUAUUUUAAUAAAACUA